AAAACGGCACUGGCGCGCGUGCUUGCUAGCUGCUAACAAAGAGAUCAACACAUCGCUAAGCAGCGCUCAAGUGAGUGUUUGAAAAUGUUUGAAGUACAAAUGUUGAGAGAUUUGGUGAAUCAGCGACUAACUACGGCAGUUGAAGAAAUAUUUGUAGUGUUGGAAAGAACGAUAGCAGAGUAUGAGGAGGAACUUUCUCGAACCAAAGAGGAGAACGAGCGACAGCGUCAGAUACUGGACGCUGUUUUCAAGAAGCCUCGAGUUGUGUUAUACAGAGAAGAUGUCGGUGCAGAACAUCUUCUACCUGAUGAGGAGGAGCCACAGCCCCCCCACGUUAAAGAGGAAGAGAAUGAUCACAGCAUCAGUCAGGAGAAAGAGCACCUUGAAGGACUGGAGGAGUUUCCAGGGAUUGGUGUCCCUGUGAAGACUGAAGAUGAUGAAGACAAAGGUGAAAGUGAGGAGAAGAGGGGGGAGGAGCCUCCAAGCAGCCGCUCGACUCAACACAUGACAACAGAAGCUGAUGGAGACCACUGUGGAGGAUCACAAGCAGACAACCGAUUAGCUCCACUAUCAGAUGAUGACAACACAACGUCACACUCUGCUGACACUAAUGAUGAAGGCGCUCAAGCUGAUAUGACAUGUCACACUGACAACACACGCUUUAAAUGCUGCCACUGUGACAAAGUGUUUAAAUACCGUAGUUAUAUGAAAAGACACAUGAGAUUACACACAGGAGAGAAACCAUUCACAUGCUUAUUGUGUAAUACAGGAUUCACUCGGAAGGAUCAAUUGGUAAGACACACAAGAAAACACACUGGUGAGAAACCUUUUACCUGUUCAGUGUGUGGUAAGGCUUUUGGACAAAAUGAACAUUUGAAAUCACACAUGGGAAUACACACUGGUGAGAAACCCUUUUCCUGUUCAGUGUGUGGUAAGGGUUUUAGAUCCAGGUAUUGUGUGAAAACACACAUGAGAAUACACACUGGUGAGAAACCUUUUACCUGUACAGUGUGUUUUAAGGGUUUUGGACAAAAUAAACUUUUAAAAACACACAUGAGUAAACACACUGGUGAGAAACCCUUUUCCUGUUCAGUGUGUGGUAAGGGUUUUGCACUUAAUCAAAGUUUGACAAAACACACGAGAAUACACACUGGUGAGAAACCUUUUACCUGUUCAGUGUGUGGCAAAGCUUUUGUACAUAAUGACCUUUUGAGAAAACACAUGAGAAUACACACUGGUGAGAAACCUUUUACCUGUUCAGUGUGUGGUAAGGGUUUUGGAAAUAUUGAUCUUUUGAAAACACACAUGAGAACACACACUGGUGAGAAACCUUUUACUUGUUCAGUGUGUGGUAAAGCUUUUGGACAAAAUGGAUAUUUGAAAAUACACAUGAGAAUACACACUGGUGAGAAGCCUUUUACCUGUUCAGUGUGUGGUAAGGCUUUUGUACAUAAUCAACAUUUGAAAUCACACAUGAGAAUACACACUGGUGAGAAACCUUUUACCUGUUCAGUGUGUGGUAAGGCUUUUGGACGUAGUCAACCAUUAAGAAAACACAUGAGAAAACAUUGGUGAGAAACCUUUUACCUGUACAGUGUGUUUUAAGGGUUUUGUACAUCAUGGAUAUUUGAGAAACCACAUGAGAAUACACACUGGUAAAGUGUUGAGUUGCAGUGUGUGUGCUGAAGAAUUCUCUUAUCAGUUCCAGCUUAACAAUCACAAGUGUGUUGGUGAGACCAGCAGCAGUAAAUGAAGAAGCAGGAUGUGAAAAAAGCUGUCAAGACUUGGGUAAUUUGGACUUUCUAGAAAGAAGAAACCUUUUACAUGUUCAGUGUCUGAUUUUGGUUUUGCACAAAAUCAACAAACGCCCCCACAUGUUUGCACACAAUAAUACGGUGUAUCUUAUAUGUGUGUUAAAUACAGAAAUAGCAGCCAUAACUGAGACUGUGUCCAAUAAUACAGUGUGUCUUAUAUGUGUUAAAUCCAGAAAUAGCAGCCAUAACUGAGACUGUGCCCAAUAAUACGGUGUGUCUUAUAUGUGUGUUAAAUACAGAAAUAGCAGCCAUAACUGAGACUGUGCCCAAUAAUACGAUGUGUCUUAUGGUCGUGAAAAUACGGUAUUUCAACUUAAUUCUAAAGUAAUCUUUUCUUCUUGUAAUAUUUUGACUUUAUUGCCAUAUUUUGAUUUGAUUUCCAUCAUAUAACUUUUUCCCCCAACCUAAUUUUUCAAACCUACAAUUUAAAAAAAAGUCACAAUAUUUCAACUUUCUGCUUAAAUGAUCUUUGUAAUUGUAUUUUAUUUGACUUUAUUUACAUAAUAUUUAACAUACCCCCAACCUACUAGAAUAGGACUUUUUACUCUUUAUAUUUGGACUUUAUUCCCGUAUAAUUACAGCUAGUUUGUACCAUUACUACUUAUGUUUAUUUUACCCCCACUUGAAGUAUUAUGACUUCAAUCCCAUCAUAUUUGGACUUUAUUCUCAUAUUUUAACAUUUUCCCCGACUUAAUUUUUUUAAAAGUACCACUUUAUUUUGUUGUGUUUUGUUUCGCACAACAUGACAAGCUUUGUUCUUUUCAUAUUUCAAAUGUCUGCUGCUAAAAUGCAACAGUAUGACGUUCUUCUCGUAAAAUCACCACUUUUUCUUGUUAGGUUCCAAUUCUUUGAUUCUAUUCUUGUCAAAUUACUGCUGAUUUUUCUAUUUUUUUGCUGGUGUUGUGUGUUUUGCCUUCCUGUUAAAUAUUGUCAAUAAAAACACAGCACUCUG